UUUACCGAGAAGGACUCAGACUCCUAAGCCACAUUGACAUGCAAACCACUGCCAAGCACAUGGUAUCAUUAUCAUCUAAGUGCUAUAAUGGUGAUGAAGGAGAUGGGCAUCAAGGUAUUUCAGUGGAGGAGGAGCGGAGGGUGAAAGCCAAUGAUCCUGAACAUAAUGAAAAAUUUCAGUAUGCUAACAAUCACAUCAAAACAUCUAAAUACUGCAUUCUUACUUUCUUGCCAGUUAAUUUAUUUGAACAGUUCCAGAGGGUUGCAAAUGCUUACUUCCUUUCCCUUCUGAUUUUGCAGCUGAUCCCAGAAAUAUCCUCCUUGUCUUGGUUUACUACCAUUGUGCCUUUAAUGAUGGUAUUUACCAUUACUGCUGUCAAAGAUGCCACAGAUGACUGUGGGAUGGACAGUGGUUCCCUAUCAGACGCUUUCCUGCUCCCAUGGUCGGGAAACCUGAUGUAUGCCUUCUUGCCAGUGCUGGUGAUCCAAAGAGUCCUCGUGAAGAUCAAACGGGACAGGGUGAAGUUUCGUCAUAAGAGUGAUAACCAGGUGAACAAUCGACAGGCUGAAGUACUCAUUGAUGGCAGAUUACAGAAUGAAAAAUGGAUGAAUGUAAGACCCGGUGACAUCAUUAAACUGGAGAAUAAUACAUUUGUAGCUGCUGAUUUAUUACUUCUGUCUAGCAGUGAACCACAUGGUCUCUCUUACAUUGAAACAGCUGAGCUUGAUGGUGAGACUAACCUAAAAGUACGUCAGGCUUUACCAGUUACUUCAGAACUUGGAGCAGAUAUUAGAAGGCUUGCAGAAUUUGAUGGUGUUGUUGUCUGUGAACCUCCUAACAACAAGCUGGAUAAAUUCACAGGAGUUCUUUUCUGGAAAGAUAAUAGGUACUUGCUCAAUAAUGAACAGAUGCUGCUACGAGGUUGUGUGUUGAGAAACACAGGCUGGUGCUUUGGAAUGGUUAUUUUUGCUGGCCCUGACACUAAAUUAAUGCAAAACAGUGGUAGAACUAAAUUUAAAAGAACAAGCAUUGACCGGCUGAUGAAUACUUUAGUAUUAUGGAUCUUUGGAUUUUUGGUAUGUAUGGGAAUAAUUCUGGCAAUAGGAAAUUCAAUAUGGGAACAACAGGUUGGGGCCCAUUUCAGAAUUUACCUUUAUUGGAGUGAAGUGGUGAACAGUUCUGUAUUUUCAGGAUUUCUCACAUUUUGGUCGUACAUUAUUGUACUCAACUCAGUUGUGCCUAUUUCCCUGUAUGUGAGUGUGGAAGUUAUUCGACUUGGACACAGCUAUUUUAUAAAUUGGGAUCGUAAAAUGUAUUACCCCAAAAAAGACAUACCUGCCGAGGUUCGGACUACCACGCUCAAUGAAGAGUUAGGACAAGUUGAAUAUAUUUUCUCGGACAAAACAGGAACAAUCACUCAAAACAUAAUGACUUUUAAGAAAUGCUCCAUUAAUGGAAAAACAUAUGGUGAUGUAUACAAUGAUCUGGGCUGGAAAACAGAAAUUAAUGAGAAAACAGUGCCAGUGGAUUUUUCAUUUAACCCACUAGCAGAUAGAAAAUUUCAAUUUUAUGAUCACAGCCUGAUUGAAUCCAUUAAACUAGGAGACUCAAUGGUACAUGAGUUCUUUAGGUUGCUUUCCCUCUGCCAUACAGUCAUGUCUGAAGAAAAAAAUGCAGGUGAAUUGAUUUACCAGGUGCAGUCGCCAGAUGAAGGUGCUCUAGUAACCGCUGCCAGAAACUUCGGUUUCAUCUUUAAGUCUCGGACCCCAGAGACCAUCACUGUGGAAGAAAUGGGCAAACUUGUUACAUACCAGCUCUUAGCAAUUCUAGAUUUUAACAAUAUCAGGAAAAGGAUGUCUGUAAUAGUUCAAACCCCAGAUGGGCAGAUAAAACUUUAUUGCAAGGGAGCAGAUACUGUUCUAUUUGAGAGGCUUCAUCCCUCCAAUGAAGAAUUAAUGUAUUUGACAUCAGAUCAUCUUGAGGAGUUUGCUGGAGAAGGCCUUCGGACUUUAGCCCUUGCAUACAAAAACUUGACUGAAGAGCACUUUAAAGAGUGGUUUAAAAUACUUCAGGAGGCAAACAGUUCGCUUGAUAGCAGGAAUGAACAUCUAGCUGCAGCGUACGAAGAGAUUGAAAAAGACAUGAUGUUACUAGGUGCUACUGCUGUAGAAGACAAGUUACAAGAAGGAGUUACAGAAACAAUUGCCAGUUUAUCACUAGCUAACAUUAAGAUCUGGGUUCUAACAGGAGACAAGCAAGAAACUUCCAUGAACAUUGGUUAUUCCUGCCAUAUGCUCACUGACACCAUGAAUGAGAUUUUCAUAGUGGCUGGUCACACGGUAAUGGAAGUGCGUGAAAAACUCAGGAAAGCGAAAGAACAUUUGUUUGGACAAAGCAAAGACCUUUCCAAUGGUCAUGUAUUUUGUGAAAAAAUGCAAGAAUCAAAGCAGGGCUCAGUCUUGGAAGAAACUGUCACUGGUGAUUAUGCAUUAGUCAUAAAUGGACAUAGUCUGGCUCAUGCACUUGAGGCUGAUCUAGAGAAUGAAUUUGUGGAAGUUGCCUGCAUGUGUAAAACUGUGAUUUGUUGUCGAGUGACUCCCUUACAAAAAGCACAAGUGGUAGAGCUGGUUAAGAAGCACAGGAAGGCAGUCACCUUGGCCAUCGGAGAUGGAGCCAAUGAUAUUAGCAUGAUCAAAAGUGCACACAUAGGCAUUGGCAUCAGUGGUGAAGAAGGAAUGCAAGCGGUCUUGGCCAGCGAUUACUCCUUUGCCCAGUUCAGAUACCUUCAGCGGCUCCUGUUUGUUCAUGGCAGGUGGUCCUAUUUCAGAAUGUGCAAGUUCUUGUGUUAUUUCUUCUACAAAAACUUUUCCUUCACUCUGGUGCAUUUCUGGUUUGGCUUCUUCUGUGGCUUCUCAGCUCAGACUGUUUAUGACCAGUGGUUUAUUACCCUCUUCAACAUUGUCUAUGCUUCGCUGCCUGUACUAGCUAUGGGUUUGUUUGACCAGGAUGUGAAUGAUCAGAAUAGCAUGGAUUAUGCAAAACUCUAUGAACCUGGGCAACUAAAUCUACUAUUCAAUAAACACACAUUUUUCAUCUGCAUAGCACAUGGAGUCUACACCUCUUUUGCUCUUUUCUUCAUCCCGUAUGGAGCAUUUUAUAACACAGCUGGUGAAGAUGGAAAACAUAUUGCUGACUACCAGUCUUUUGCUGUCACAGUUGCAACAUCUUUAGUUAUUGUAGUCAGCGUUCAGAUAGCCUUGGAUACCAGUUAUUGGACUGCCAUCAAUCGUUUUUUCAUCUUGGGUAGUAUAGCCGUGUAUUUUGCUAUUUUGUUUGCAAUGCACAGUGAUGGGAUUUUUGUUAUAUUCCCAAACCACUUUCCUUUUGUAGGAAAUGCCCGUAAUUCCCUGAGCCAGAUAAGUGUUUGGCUUGUCAUCCUCUUGACUACUGUGGUUUCAGUCAUGCCUGUAAUAACAUUCCGAUUUUUGAAGGAAGAUUUAAAUCCAACGCUAACUGAUCAGGUUCGGAAGUUGCAGAAGGCUAGAAGGAAGCAGAAACCAUUACAGAACUACAUGCGUCGGGUGUACAGAAGAAACUCAAGAAGAUCUGCAUAUGCUUUUUCUCAUCAAGAGGGCUUUGGGGAACUUAUAACAUCUGGAAAGAAUAUGUGAGUCAAUAAUUCACAUCAAACAUCAGAGUUAGCUAGAACCAUGCAUAAUAGCAUCAGUUGGAUUGAGAAUUUACGUAAGAAAACAGCAGAGACAGUGAACAGCUUCAGUAGUGACAGAACUGUGAAACUGUGAGUAAAGGAGAAAACAAAAGUUUAUUUUAAAAAACCGUGGCCAUAUCUUUGCACUGUUUGCCACUUUGUAAACAGUAAGCAUGAAAUUUCCACGUGCGCUGAGUAAUAUAGCGGAAGUGUCUAACCCACCAUAUUUUACAGGAUGUUCAAGAAUGUUGUCAGCACACAAUAUUUUCAAAGGGAUCUCUUGGUUUUUUUUGUCUUUUUUCCUUUUUCUGAAAAGCAUUCACCAUAGCAAAACAAUGUGUGUAGCUGCUUCAAGAGGUUGGACUAUGCAUGAGAAUAUCUAUAAGAAAUUUCCCUCAAAGUUAAGGGAAAAUGCAGUAUUCAAAUAUUUGAAUUAGUCGUAUAUUCCAGUAUAAUUAUUUCAUACUGCUGAAGUCAGGGGCAUUUAAAAAAACUGUUAGAAUGAAACCAUGGUAAAAAGUCAUUAAACUCUUUUUAACUGACUUGUAUUUAUUUAAACAAUGUAAAAGUCUCAAAGUCAAAUGAUUUCAGGGUGUAUCUUUUUUUUAAU